AUGACUAAGCCUUGGUUUCUUACUCUAUUGUUGAAAGUGUUUCCAUUGAGCUCUGCUUUCCAGGCUGGGCCCACAAGAUCAAUCAUCACACAUGGAGUUGAAGACAGAAGUAAGGCAUUGACCUUUGAAAUACCACCAGGGGACAAUAUUUUUCAUGAUGGUGAAGUUUUGAACUUUGAUGAAGGGAAAAAAAUUCAAUACCUUCCUCACCCUAGUCCAGGUUUUUUGGAAGGAAAUGGCAUCAAAUUUCUUCAAGGGAACCAGUACUGGGAUACAAACAUCAUGGCAAACCUUGGAUCAGCUACAAUUCCACCAAUCCAGCCCCAUUUGGGAGACCAGUUUGAUUUGUUUGGUGGAAAAGAACUUCCUAUGGGGGACAACCCAGAUUUCUUUUCUGAAAUUGAACAUGAUGUUCUUUUGCAUGGUAAUGGACAAAGUAGGGGAAUUCAUCAAGAUGAGCUUAUUGAGACAGCACAAAAUCCAUCUCUUCCCAACCUUAUUCAGCCUACAUUCCAAGAUCACUGCCAAACCAAAUCUCAUUCUUCAGAGCAGUUCAAUCUGGUUAGUGGAAUUGAGAUUCCAACAUGGAAUUGGUAUCACCCACAAGUAUUUCCUGAAACAGAAGAUGGAAGCUGUUUGAAUGGCAGUGGGAAACUUAUAGGAGUCCAUCAAGAUGAUCCAAUUGAAAUAAGAAAAGAUCUGAUUAUUCUUCACCAUGAUCAGCCUACUCCUCAUGAUCACUCAAUCUCAACCCGAGAGUUUGAAAAUUUCAUCAGAAAUCAUGAUCACUCAAUCUCAACCCCACAGUUUGAAAAUUUCAUCAGAAAUGAUCAUCACACAUCAUUGGGUCAAAAAACCCAUCUACCACUACUGGGAGCAACACCUGCAUCAGUAGAAAACUUUUAUCCAAUUAUUGACUCUAACCCCUUUUUUAAAAAAGAAAGAAUCCUUGAAACAUCAUCACCAGCUAUGCACCACAGUCACACACACAGUUUAGACACACUGGAUAAUGCUUUGGUUACUGCUCCAGCUAAUUGCAUCCAACCCACUAAAGACCUGAUGGACAACAAUACCCAAGGGGAUGAAUAUGACUGGAUGAAUCUGGAAGAUCCCCAGACAGAUCAAUCGAUAUCACACCAUAUACAUAACUGUGGUUUGCCUAAAGAGAAUCAAUCCCCCCUCCAAGCACAAUAUAAUACUGAUAAGAAUGACAAUAUUUUGAAUGGGGCCUCUGGCUUGGGUGACCAUGCAUAUAUAGGUAAAAACCAUCAAUAUGAACCUGUUGGCUUCCAUGAAAGGCAAUUGUCUUCUAGAAAGAGAAAGUUGUUGGAUAUGCAGAUUAAUCCCCAUGAUAUACACAGUGGAGUUCAGGUGAAUUCAGCCGUCAACACUCAAAUCAAAACUUCAGCACUAAAUCCAAGGAAUAUAUACCAAUUCAAGAUCUCAGACCCAUUGCCAGAAUUCAAAAGCCCUUUGAAAAAAGACAGAAAGGGAGUUUUAACAAGAUUACCCAUCAAUCACAGUAAAUUAGGUACCAAAAGAUAUUUCAAAUCAAAUAUCUCAUUCAAGAAGCUGGGAAUGAAUGCAAUCCACCUUUUCCAGAAGAUGGGUAGUUUCAAAGUAGAUAAUGAUCCAAUUCUGUGUUAUGAAAUCCCUUUUUGGUUUCAAAAUCUGAGUGAAAAUCUGAAGAAAAACCUUCCUGGAGAUCAUAUUUUGAAUGUGAAAAUUGCUCAGGCAUUGAGAAGUGGUCAAUCAAAUGUUACAAUGAGUUUCUUGGGGCUGCUGAUGAGUUAUGUUCGCCAUGGUGUAGACAUUGCUGUCCAGAGAGAUAUACUGAGAUAUGGAUGGGAGUUCAUAAAGUGGUUGUUUUCCAAGUGGGAAAAAAUACAUCUAAAAGAAAUCAGCUUUCAAGGAAAGAUCAAGGAUGACAAAGCAUUUGAUUGUCUCAAACCUCAGUUGUUAUUUGAAUACUUGGCAUCCAGCUCUUCACUUGGAAGUAUCAAGCUCCAAUUGUUUACCUCUUUGGUCAAAGAAUGGAACAGUAAUCGCCCUACAUUGAAGCUUCCAAGUACAGAUAUAGGCUACAUGAAUCAAUGGGCUCUGGGUGUUUAUGAUCCAGAUCUUAUCAUGCAGGGUGGAUUUUAUUCAAGAGCUGGGAUAGGAAACCUUGCCUGGGAGGAAUUGCAAUUUCCACCUCAAGAACAAAUAUACAAGGAAACAUUCCAAGAAAUAUCUUGGCAUUCAAAGUUUCUCUCACCUGCAGGAUUUCAGCUGUGUCAAGAUGUCCAUAUAUUCUUUAGCCCCUUGCUUCGAAGACUAUUAGAAAUUUAUGAUACAGUUUACCACAUUCAGCUUGAUACAUGUGGAAGUAUAAGGGAAGAAGUUCUCAAGUCUAGAAAGCAACCUGACCUGCAUCAAUCAAACAUGUUAAAGAUUGCCAAGGCUGUGAGUAUGGCAGAGUAUAGAGUGACUGUGGGAGUUAUAGGGAUAGUCAGAUUACUGUACAAAGAUGUUGAAUCAGAAGAUGAGCUCAAGACCAUCACUUCUAGUGCAUGGAGUUUUUUGCAGCAAGAAUUCAGUAAGUGGAGACAGCUGGACUUUGGCAGCCAGAACCUUGGGAAGUUAUUUGCAGACCCAACACCAUCAUUGAAAUGUGGAAAGUAUUGGUCAGAUAUGGAAUUAACUUUCAAGCAACUCUGGUCAUGGCCAAAGUAUUCUAACGACCCUAUUCCUCUCCAAUAUGUAAGAUACCUUCUACAAUCCUGGACUGCUAUGUUGAAAUAUAAGUCAGCCAUAAGUCCCAGUGGAGUAACUUUCUCAUUGAAAGAAAUAACUGAUAGAGGAUUUUCAGAGUUGAUCAAGGUGAUUACAUAA